AGUCACACAGAGAGUCAGACCGGGCACGGGGGGCGGCACGGACAGACAAACUGAGCGUCAGAGACCGGCAGCGGCGACAGGCAGCGCGUAACGGACACGGCGGCUCGAGGCGGCUCCGGAGCAUUACGUGACCCCCGGCGGGAACCCCCCAGAAUCUCCCCCACAGGCAGAGCGGACAGCGAGCGGCAUGGCCUCCGGCUCAGAUCCCAAAGCAGAUGACUUAUCUACUGCAAUUCUCAAGCAGAAAAACCGGCCCAACAGGAUGAUUGUUGAUGAAGCCAUCAAUGAGGACAACAGUGUGGUGUCCCUGUCUCAGGGCAAGAUGGAUGAGCUCCAGUUGUUUAGAGGAGACACCGUUCUCUUGAAGGGUAAGAAGAGACGAGAAGCUGUUUGCAUUGUCCUGUCAGAUGACACCUGCUCAGAUGAGAAGAUCCGUAUGAACAGAGUUGUUCGUAAUAACCUGAGAGUGCGACUUGGAGAUGUGAUCAGCAUCCAGGCCUGCCCAGAUGUGAAGUAUGGCAAACAAAUCCAUGUUUUACCCAUAGAUGACACUGUGGAAGGAAUCACUGGCAAUCUGUUUGAGGUGUAUCUUAAGCCUUAUUUCCUGGAAGCUUACCGACCUAUCCGAAAAGGUGACAUCUUUUUGGUGCGUGGAGGAAUGCGUGCCGUGGAAUUCAAGGUUGUGGAGACAGAUCCAAGCCCGUACUGCAUAGUGGCUCCAGAUACUGUAAUUCACUGUGAAGGAGAGCCUAUUAAACGUGAGGAUGAAGAGGAGUCCCUGAAUGAAGUGGGUUAUGAUGAUAUUGGUGGUUGCAGGAAGCAGUUGGCUCAGAUCAAGGAGAUGGUAGAGCUGCCUUUGAGACACCCAGCGCUUUUCAAAGCUAUUGGUGUUAAGCCUCCUCGUGGUAUUUUGCUGUAUGGACCACCAGGAACUGGAAAAACUCUUAUUGCUCGUGCUGUUGCUAAUGAAACUGGAGCAUUUUUCUUUCUGAUCAAUGGUCCUGAGAUUAUGAGCAAGUUGGCUGGUGAAUCUGAGAGCAAUCUGCGUAAAGCCUUUGAGGAAGCAGAGAAAAAUGCCCCUGCUAUUAUCUUUAUAGAUGAGUUGGAUGCCAUAGCCCCAAAGAGAGAGAAGACACACGGAGAGGUUGAACGCCGCAUUGUGUCACAGCUGCUAACCCUAAUGGAUGGGCUUAAACAGAGGGCGCAUGUCAUUGUCAUGGCUGCUACAAACAGACCCAACAGCAUUGAUCCUGCACUUAGACGAUUUGGUCGUUUUGACAGGGAAGUUGACAUUGGGAUCCCUGAUGCCACUGGUAGACUGGAAAUUUUACAGAUUCAUACAAAGAACAUGAAGUUGGCCGAUGAUGUUGAUCUAGAACAGGUUGCCAAUGAAACACAUGGUCAUGUGGGAGCUGAUUUGGCUGCUCUAUGCUCAGAGGCAGCUCUCCAGGCCAUAAGGAAGAAGAUGGACCUGAUUGAUCUGGAGGAUGAAACUAUAGAUGCUGAAGUGAUGAAUUCUCUUGCUGUCACUAUGGAUGACUUCAGGUGGGCAUUAAGUCAGAGUAACCCCUCUGCUCUGCGUGAGACUGUUGUAGAAGUGCCACAGGUUACCUGGGAAGACAUUGGUGGUCUGGAAGACGUGAAGCGAGAACUUCAGGAGUUGGUGCAGUACCCUGUGGAGCACCCUGAGAAGUUCUUGAAAUUUGGAAUGACCCCAUCAAAAGGUGUGCUUUUCUAUGGGCCACCUGGAUGUGGUAAGACUCUGUUGGCCAAGGCCAUUGCCAACGAAUGCCAGGCAAACUUUAUCUCCAUCAAGGGUCCUGAGCUGCUCACCAUGUGGUUUGGAGAGUCUGAAGCAAAUGUUAGAGAGAUCUUCGAUAAGGCUAGACAGGCUGCUCCCUGUGUACUCUUCUUUGAUGAGUUGGACUCAAUAGCCAAGGCACGAGGUGGCAACAUUGGAGAUGGUGGCGGUGCUGCAGACAGAGUUAUCAACCAAAUCCUGACAGAAAUGGAUGGCAUGUCUACAAAGAAGAAUGUCUUCAUCAUUGGAGCCACCAACAGACCCGCCAUUCUGCGUCCUGGUCGUCUGGAUCAGCUAAUCUACAUCCCUCUGCCAGAUGAGAAGUCCCGUAUGGCUAUCCUGAAGGCAAACCUGAGGAAGUCUCCGGUUGCCAAAGAUGUUGACAUUGACUUCCUGGCCAUGAUGACAAAUGGCUUCUCUGGUGCCGAUCUUACGGAGAUCUGUCAACGUGCCUGCAAGCUAGCCAUCCGUGAAUCCAUUGAAAAUGAGAUAAAAAGGGAGCGUGAGAGGCAAACUAACCCAUCAGCUAUGGAAGUAGAGGAGGAUGAUCCUGUGCCUGAAAUUCGCCGGGAUCAUUUUGAGGAAGCUAUGCGUUUUGCCCGUCGCUCAGUCAGUGAUAACGACAUUAGAAAGUAUGAAAUGUUUGCACAGACCUUGCAACAGAGCCGUGGAUUUGGCAGUUUCAGAUUUCCCUCUGGUAGCCAGGGAGGAGCUGGUCCGAGUCCAGGUGCAGGUGGAGGUACUGGUGGAAGUCAUUUUACUGAAGAAGAAGAUGAUCUCUAUGGCUAGGUGGGGCCUUGGUGCCGUCCAUGUUGUACAGAGAAGAAAUUCCUAUGUUAUUGGACACUCAGCUUUUCAUUCCUCAGUCAGAACAGCACUGCACACCCCACUCCUGUUUUAUUUUGUUACAUGGGCGUGAGAAGAGGGGAGCCACAUCUCUCAGGAUACAGGCCUAAACUUUUCUUUCUCUUCUUCCCAACCCCGUUUCCGAAGCAGCUCUAGCUCUUCUUUGAUAAAUUGUAGCGGGCAGGGAGCAAACGUGGUUCCUGACACGCAACAUUUUUUUACUACUCCUUCAGCACCUGAGAAGCCUGCAAUUUGUUGCUCAUCUGCAACUUUAAAUCUUGACUGCCUUCAGCCUCUUGUCAAACUUAAAUCCUUUAUCUCCACAUAGCUGUCAUCUAUGACCACUUUUGUUGCCACAGUGGCCUACAGCCUGUUGCUGCCCUAUGAUCGUAGAAGGGUGCAUAUUUCUGUGUAAAUGCCAAGAGAAUAGCGAUAGCUUUGGCAGGAUGAUCAACCAUCGAUACUUUGGCUCGUACUAUUGCAGGCUUCUCCAGCUCUGACAGGAUCACCCCUCUCUGUGGUGGGUAUAAGAGACAUUAUAAAGAAAACAUGCAGUGAAUUUUUUUAUGUUGGUUUCGGGCUUAUGUUAUUGGAUAUAAACAAGAUACAUGCAGGUUGACGUCUAACGUGAGAAUAAACUGACUGAUCACUGAAAAAAAAAAAAAAA